AUGCACAGUACUUUUGCUUUUGGCCUUGCCAAGAAUGGAGUCAAUGGACUACCUAAUGUCCGACGUGCAGCUACAGUGUCUCAUAUUAGUGGAAGAUUAUCAACACCUACUUCUCCAGUAAUUACUGAGUGUAGUAAUAGUGGUGGUGGAUCGAGUAGCUAUGAAGAAGACAUUGUCACUGCAUUACCCGGAUCUUUUACUAUGAUACCACAUGUGGCUACAGUGCCCAUUGCGUUCGUAGAGCAGAGGAUUGAAGAUGAUCCUGAUGCUGAUGCUGCUAGUGUUACCAUGGCAGUGUGUGAGAUGGGAGAUGACUUGCAAGUACGAAAACGAGGCACGUCAGUGGACAAGACAAAUCCAUUUAUUGGAUAUUUUCAAACAGGAAUCGAAGAGGUUGAUGCCGAGGUGUUAGAAGUAAAGACAAUGGAUACUUCCAUGCUGGCAACACCUCCAGUGCCCAUACGUCGUAUGCCGUGCCGUACACAGAGUAGUGCAGCUCUUUCAUCCAUGUCGUCCUUCUGCCGGUCGGCAUUUCUUACACCUCAAAAGAAAAUGACGGAAUGGCUUGGCUCUCAAGGUAGCCGUUUUCCACCACUUUUUAAGCAGCAAGAUGUGAAGCAGCAUGAAGAGAUGAAACACAAUGUGUUGUUACAAUCGUUGAAGCUGGAGACACCAGCGUUGACAGCACGAGUGAGGAAAGAUGAGCGACACGAGAAAAAGCAGCAAAAGAAGACGUUCAAGCGAACGGAGUCGCUACCUGCUGCCAUGUCUGCAACUCUAGCGGCAACAACGUUAUCGACUAUCGUGACUUCAUCGUCGGAGAUGAAAAUCAGCUCCAUUGGAUUACGGAAUGAGAAUUCAUGUACCCCAAAUUCGCGCUUCGAGCAAGAUUUUGAAAUCAUAGGCUCUUUAGGUGAAGGAGGCCAAGGCUUGGUCUACAAGGUGCGUAGUAAGGUAGAUGGCUGCUACUACGCUGUCAAGAAAGUAGUGCUCCCCCGUGCAAGUAAGCUAGAUGAUAGGUGUGUGGAAAACCAAGCUCUGCGUGAAGUUCGUUCAAUGGCUUCCAUGGCUCCACAUCCCAAUGUGGUUCGCUACCAUACAGCUUGGACAGAAAUGGAUGCAUAUGUUCCUCACACGAGUUCGUCGACGGAAAGUGUCCGUGGAUCAGAUGUUUUGUCGCGUCUUGAGAGUAGCUAUGGUAUGCAUGAUUUUCAACGUCAGCAACUAGCAUUGCUGGACGAGGAGGCCGAGUUGCAUUGGAGUAAUAUGAAGUCUGCUGAUCAAUCAUUUUUUUUUCUUGAAUCUUCGGUGGACUCACUGUUUGACGAGUAUUCCAUUCCUGGCUUCACUUUUGAGUAUGAGGACGAAGAUAACGACUCAGUAGGUUGGUGCGUUGACAACGAGACAUUUGUUGGACAACCAGGUGUGCUGGAAAACAAAGUAAUAAGAGCUACCGGGCGUACUGCCGAGUCGGCGGCCAUAAAGGCCCAGGUUGUCUUGUACAUACAGAUGGAGCUGUGUGGCACAGCGAUGCAUAUUGCUUCAUCGUCCUUGGCUGCAGCUGACAACCACGAACCAGUCCAUUGUAUAUUAGACAAAUUCAAGACGCCGCAACAGGAACGACAGUACUUUGGCGAAGAAACACACUCAAAUUUAGGGGCAUGGUUUCGUUCAUCACUUCAGGAGCGGUUAUUGUGGUCCAACACAUCCGAUAUACAUCAGGAGGGUCUUAAGCUCUUUUUUGGCGCGGUGCAGGGCGUUGCUCACAUGCAUUCGCACGGCGUGAUCCACCGCGACCUGAAGCCGGACAACAUCUUCAUUCACGGUGAUGUAGCAAAGAUUGGCGAUUUUGGUUUGUCCAAGUCCAUUUUUGCAGACAACUCGAUUGGAGAUGGAGUUGUAUCCCCACGCGAACGCUUGGAGGAGCUAGGGCUUAGCGAUGGUGACCACACAACGGCCCUCGGCACUUUCACAUAUGCGUCUCCCGAGCAGCUGGGGUAUCGCUUUGGCAGUAGUAGUGCAUUGAAAAAUGCCGCGACUCGUCUCAAAAGUGCCAAGUACUCGAUCAAGUCGGACAUCUUUGCGUUGGGUGUAAUUUUGCUGGAGCUGUGCUGCCCAUUUAGUACGAUGAUGGAACGUUCGCAGGUUUUAACUGGUGUGCGCCACGGUGUUGUACCUCAAAAGGCUCGGCAGCACUUUCCUAUGGAGAUGGAUUUAGUGUUGCGCAUGACCUCGAUCGACCCGAGUGAGAGACCCACGAGCGAAGAAGUUUGCGAGCAACUACGCAAAAUCAUUGCAGCAUCAAGCACCGCGAUUACGCCCGCAUCAGUUUUGGAAGACUUGCGUGAGCUACAGAUAAAACUCGCUGCUGCUGUUCGCCUGGUGCGUGAUCGCCCUCAGCAAGCUACUCUUCAACUCGAGGCUUUGGUCUCUGAGCUGAACGACAAGGUCAAGAACGUAAGCAUUGCGUUUGUCUAG